UCUAUCCCUGCCUUCCUUUUCUUGCUUUCUCAAUGACCUUCUCAGAAACCCCUUUGGCAGCUUCAAAACAGACCGACCUCCUUCAUUACCUGUAUCUUAGUUGUCUCCAAUGGACCCUCCUUCUUGGAAAUCCCAAACACAUCUUUCUUUAUAUACUCCUUCACUUCCUCUUCCUCCCCAAUCUUCCUCGCUUACUUUCUAUCUCUUUCUAUAUCUCUAUCUUUCCCUCCCUUUCUCACUUUCUUUCUCUAUUGUGCCAUGGCUUCACAAAACCCACAAUCCAAUUUCCAAGAUUUCUUGCCUACCAUGGCUGAUAAGCUUGGUGGGGAUGGUCUGAUAGGUGAGCUUUGUAAUGGGUUCAAUUUGUUAAUGGACUCUGAUAAAGGGGUUAUUACCUUUGAGAGCCUCAAGAAGAACUCUGCUACGCUGGGCCUUCAGGACCUGAGUGAUGAGGAUCUGCGGUGUAUGUUAGCUGAAGGUGAUUUUGACGGUGAUGGAGCACUCAAUCAGAUGGAGUUCUGUGUUUUGAUGUUCAGACUCAGCCCUGAGCUUAUGGAGGAAUCGCGUUACUGGCUUGAGGAAGCUCUUCAACAAGAAUUUAAAAAUUGUUUUUGAAAUUUUUUCAUCUUUUAAUUUUCUGGGUUUUUUUUUCUUUUGUCAUUCUUGCAAUGAUUGCUAAUUUUCCGAUGGAAAUAGUGAUAUAUACAAAAAGAAGCAAUUGCUAUUGACACAUAUUUUAGAAUA